UGGAGAUUUACCAAUUAUCUUGCUUGAAAAUUAAAGAAAACAUAAGUAUUUUAUUAGAAAACAAUUGGCGUAGAACAAAUUUCAGAACGAUUAAUACACGUUAAGAAAUAUGCCAUUUAAAUAAAUGUUAAUUUAUAAAUUUCGCUUUAAGUUAAAUUUAUUUCUUAAUGAAAUAUAUGGAAUUAAUGCCUUCUCCGUCGCAUGCUUAUCUUAGUGGAUGCGUCAGUACAAUAAUUACAGGGCAGUAAACACCAUUCAUCAGUUGUCAUUCUGCAAAUGGAAUAUAAGGAAAAUUCAAUUAUUAUAUUAAAAUUAGCUUUUACUCGAAUGUAAAUGAAAUUUACUCGAGCAUUUGACUCGAAUUUUAAUGAAAAUUUAGGAAUUUUUGCAAUUUUCGCACAUUCGCCACUGUGUUACAGGAGGAAUAUUUUUGAAGGGAGUGAAGAUCGCUUGCCAAGUAGGUGACCCUUGCACAACCUCAUCCUCUCCUCAAGACGGUAUACUUGUAUCCGUUCUUCAAGUAGAUCUCCAGCUCGGUGAUUGGUUAACGCUUUGGAUAGACGUAUCAGAUUAUGAAGACAACGACAAUAAAAACUGGACUACUCUCCAGUUAACCAUCAAUCCGAUGUCAUUGGAAGAAGUUUAUACUUGUGACGUCAUGAAACAACCAGAAGUACCAUUGAUAAGCAGACCAGCUGACAUCAAAGAUAAUGUCUCCCUCGGAACGGAUAUAUUAACAGCGGGAGUGCAUUUAUUCAGUGUAAAGUUAAAUUUUCCUUCAGCAAUUUGUGGUCUGAGUUGGAGACUUAACACUACAGUGAAACCGCAAGAAUGUUCUAAAAUGCCUUCUACGGUAUUAUGUUCAGGCUAUGGAAACUGCAUCAGUGAAGCCGAUAAGGCAUCUUUUACGUGUCGUUGCUGUCCAGGAUACAGCGGGAGAUACUGCGGAGAAAGAGAUGGUUGCUAUGGGAACCCUUGUAAGCACGGAGGAUUCUGCGUAGACAUCUCCGAAGGAUUGAUUGGGACCACCUAUCAAUGUCUAUGUCCUCAUGGUUAUCGAGGCCAGUCAUGUGAAGAAGAAGUUAAUCAGUGCGAUAAGAAGCCUUGUCACAACAAUGCCACUUGCCACGGUAAUCAGACCUCAUACUAUUGUGACUGUCCACAAGGAUUUACAGGAAAAGAAUGUGAGAUCAACAUCAACGAAUGUUUAUCGAACCCAUGCGUUCAUGGUAUGUGUGAAGAUAGUAUAGCAAAAUAUAAAUGCUAUUGUUUACCAGGUUAUGGUGGCGAUCAUUGCGAGUUUGAAUACGACGAAUGCGAUUCCAGUCCUUGUAUUAACGGAGGUGAUUGCGAAGAUCUUGUUGCGAGUUAUAAGUGCCAUUGCGGACCCGGUUAUAUCGGCAGGAGAUGCCAGAUUAAAGUCGACCUUUGCAAACCUAAUCCUUGCCCUCCACCGGCGCAAUGCGUCGACAGAGGAAAUAAUUAUAGUUGUAUCUGUCAUCCGGGUUAUAAUGGUCCCGGGUGUACGCAACAUUACGAUCCGUGUUAUCCAAGCCCGUGUCAAAAUGGUGGGACGUGUUUUCCGAAUUUGGAUUCUUUUUUCUGCUCUUGUUUGCCUGGUUACACCGGAGAUAUAUGCGAAGAAAGAAUGUAUCCUGCUCAACCACUUCCACGCACUUUGGAGGACACUUCGGUGCACGUGGCGGAGAGAGAUAACGUAGAUGCUACAGACGUAACUCUGGACCAUCUACACAACAUCUAUAUCGCAGCUGCUGCACUGGCAGGUGCUUGCUUAAUUGUGCUGGCUGUGGUCGUUAUCUGUCACUGCAGGGUGCAUAAAACUUAUCAACGUUUCACGAGAAAGUUGAGUAGAUCGUGUUCCGAUAUUAAGCAACAAAAACUCGAAGACCCGGACAAGUUUCUAUUGAACCUGCGUGGAGGCGUUUCUGAAAGGAACCAUUGUCCGGAUCCCGGAUACGAGGCCACCAGCGUGGAUUUGGUAGACAACUUGAGCGCGCCUCUCAUCGACUAGCAAGAGUGAGAAAAAGAGGACAACUCUCGCUUCGGUCCUGCCAUCGUCGUGACGUCAUCUACCCCUCCCAGUUUUUUGUACAUCUCGUGAUUGAAGUGGACCAGAACGCAUUGAUGUAAACGUAUUCGAGACUAUUGGAAGAUGGCGCUCACGAAGACUUUCCUCGAACUUAGUUAUCAUUUGAUAGGGUCGCUAGCGUGUGCUUAUAGUCAUUACUACUCUAGGAAAGAAUCUCAGCAAAGUAUUUGUAUCCGAAUGAAUUAUAUUUAUUCUCUCUUGUGUCAUUUCAUUACUUUUUAUCUAUGUAUUUAUUCGAGGAUAUUUAGGAUUAUCUUCAUACAACGAAUUUGUUGCAUCGCGUUGUUAUUUUUUGACCAGAAAGAUCAUCUUCCAUUAUCUCCCAAGUGAUUUGUCAAUUUAAUCUUAUAUUUAUUAGAUAAUUAAUGCGUGAAAAAAUUAUUUGAUACUAAUAAAAAAUAGCCCCAAUAAGAAUUUUAUAUGUGUUAAAAAAAGGAAAAACAAUUAUUAAAAAAUUGGUGGAGUGGUAAAUUUUUAUCUACGAGUGUAAUUAUAAUUUUGCACAAUGACGCUGUUAAGACCAUUAAAAAAAGAUUGACCAAAACAGAUUUUCUCAGCGGGAUUAAUAGCAAAAUUAAUUUGAAUGGCGCGUGAUCAAAAGUGGUUUCUUUCUUUGGAAGACUUUUUUAAAACUCAUUCUCUUCAAAUACUCUUUAAUACCUGGAGAUUUAUGACUAGAAAGAUUCCAAAGAAGGAACUACGUGACCUAUUUAAUAGUGGGUUAUUUUUCACCCAUCUAAACAAACCAAGAUUUCAAUGACGCAAGCUAAAGACCAACCAACUUUGCAGAAAGAAAAGAAAGUGAAGUAAAAAAAAAAUCAAAUAUUUCUUGCAAGGAUUUGAAAACGAUUUUGCCAAAUACUGGAAGGUAUUUUCAGAUGAUCUGUACUGGUAAUGUCUUCAGAACUCGGUUGAUCGAUUGUUUAGGGUCAGGCGUUAGAAGGACAUUAGAAUCACAGCCUACAGA